CCCUUCCCCGAGCCUCCGCCGCCGCCCGGCACCGGGGCGCAGCGCCGGGGGGGGGGAGCCGUGAGUACGGGGCUGCGCCUCCGGGUCCCCUUAGGGGCUUUUGCUUUGCUUUCUUUUAUUUAUUUUUAUUAUUACCGUGGCCUUCUGCUCCCCCCCUCUCCCGCCCUUCCCGUGUCCUUCAGCCGGAGCUGCGGAGCCCGGCCUCGGCGCUGGAGGCUGGGGGGGGGGACACGGGAGGGACGAGGCCACCGUCGAGGCUCAGAAGGCUUCAGGCUGGGCUCCGGGUGCCCUCCUGCACCCCGGGUGUUAAUUCCUCACCUUGGGUGCCAGCGGGGUCUGUGUCCCCUGUACUUGCCAGGGCAAUGCCGCUGGGGGACGGGGAGGUGGCAAGGCGGAGGGGACAGCAUGCCAGUGGUGCCACCAGCCUCGGGGGGACACGGGGUGAGCCCCACGAGGAUGGGAAAACUCCAGGUGGCAGCGGGAUUGAGGUGACGGCAGAGGACCCCCAUCUGGAGCCAGCCCUGGGUGAUGGGGACGUGGCCGCCGGAUGGGGAGAAGAUGCUCGAGGGGGGCUGCAGCCAGCACGGAAGGAGCCGGAGCAGUUUGGGGUGUUGGGGGGCGAGGAGUCCCUCAUGGCUGAGCUCUCGGAGCGGGUGCAGAAGGUGGUGAAGAGCAGCAGCUGGUGGGAGCGGCACGGCGUGGACGCCUGCAUCCUCGCCUGCAGCCUCCUCGCGCUCCCGGCAGGGUUCCUGUGCCUGCGCUCAGCCCGGGCCAUCCCGUUCCUGGCCGGGAUCCUCACCCUUGGCGUGGUGCAUCACACCCUGGCCGUGAAGGGCAGCCACCUGGCCAGCCACAACGCCCUGACCGAGUCCAAGUCGUGGGGCAAAGUGUGGGCUGUCUUCUUCAUCGAGCUCUGCUCAGCUUUCACGGCUGAGCAAGCCACCUACAACCACGUGAAGCUCCACCACGGCUACACCAACGUCAUCGGCCUGGGCGACUCCAGCACCUGGAAGCUCCCUUUCCUGAACCGCUACGUCUACAUGUUUGUUGCGCCUCUCGCCGUGCCCAUCAUAACCCCCCUGGUGGCGCUCGGUUUGCUGAGGAACGUGGGGCUGAAGGUGGCUCUGCGCACCGUGUGCUGCAUGUCCUUGGGUCUGUACUGCCACUACUGGCUGCUGCUCCACGCCUCGGGCUUCCAGUCGCCGUGGUCGGCCCUGCUCUGCAUGCUGCUCACCCGCUCCCUCCUGGCUCACCCCUACAUCCACGUCAACAUAUUCCAGCACAUCGGCCUCCCCAUGUUUGCGGCCGAUCGGAAGCCCAAGCGCAUCCACCUGAUGAGCCUGGGCGUGCUCAACCUGCCCCGUAACGCCCUGCUCGACUGGGCCUUCGGCCACUCGCUCAUCAGCUGCCACGUGGAGCACCACCUCUUCCCCGGCCUGUCCGACAACAUGUGCCUCAAGAUCAAACCCGUUGUGUCCCAGUACCUGAGGGAGAAGCAGCUGCCCUACAAUGAGGACACCUACGGCGCCAGGCUGCGGCUCUUCCUGCGGCAGUACGAGGAGCUGAUGGUCCGCGCGCCCCCCAUAACGGAGCUGGUGGGCAUCCAGUGAGGCGGGGGGCUGCUGGCCGGGGUCCCCCGAGCAAUUGUGUGGGGAAUGCCUCUCCCCGAGGGCUUGCUUUUGGGUAGCUGCACCAGGAAAAGGGCUGAGCCAUGCCAACGCCGGGGUCCCUAAGGGGGUCCUGGCCCCCCAGAGCCACUCACAACCAGGGUUUAGCUUCACCCGCUCUGUGUUCAUGCCUGGGGAGAGCAAAGCCAAGCCCCCUGCUGGCUGUGGGCUCCGGGCGGGGACGUGUCCCCUGGGCACCCUUCCUACACCUGGGGGCUGUGGGGAGAUGCUGAGGACGUGGCGGGGGCUCCGCUGACCCCCGGAGAGGCUGUCACUGCUGCUGUGCUUUACCCGACCUGGGGGGUGAGCAGUCCCUCCAGGAACAAGAAUUUGACAAAUCAGCCUCAG